AUGAACGGGUUCAGCACAGAAGAGGACAGUCACGACGGUCCACCGCCGCCGCCAUUCUACGGUCAGAGCUGCUGCCUCAUCGAGGACGGCGAGCGCUGCGGCAGGUCGGCCGGGAACGCUUCCUUCAGCAAGAGGAUUCAGAAGAGCAUCUCUCAGAAGAAACUCAAGCUGGACAUCGACAAGAGCGUGCGACAUUUGUACAUCUGUGAUUUCCACAAGAAUUUCAUCCAGAGCGUUCGCAACAAGAGGAAGAGGAAGACGAGCGAUGACGGAGGAGAGUCUCCAGACCACGACCUGGAGGUGCCAGAGGUGGAUCUGUUCCAGCUGCAGGUGAACACACUGAGACGCUACAAGAGGCACUACAAGCUCCAGACUAGACCUGGUCUGAACAAGGCCCAGCUCGCAGAGACCGUGAGUCGUCACUUCCGUAACAUCCCGGUGAACGAGAAGGAGACUCUCACCUACUUCAUCUACAUGGUGAAGAGCAGCAAGAGCCGGCUGGACCAGAAGACCGACGGAACCAAGGCCCUGGACUGA